CGCGAGCACAGGCCGCUCCUCGGAUCCCCGCGACCCCGCCCGGGUAGCUCUCCACCUGCCAGUCUCCUUUGGUGAGCCCAGUGGGCAGCGCACACCCACCAUGUUCAGCUGGCUGAAGCGGGGUGGGGCUCGGGGCCAGCAGCCCGAGGCCAUCCGCACGGUGACCUCAUCCCUCAAGGAGCUGUACCGCACCAAGCUGCUACCCCUGGAGGAGCACUACCGCUUUGGGGCCUUCCACUCGCCCGCCCUGGAGGACGCUGACUUUGACGGCAAGCCCAUGGUGCUGGUGGCUGGCCAGUACAGCACGGGCAAGACCAGCUUCAUCCAGUACCUGCUGGAGCAGGAGGUGCCCGGCUCCCGUGUGGGGCCUGAGCCCACCACCGACUGCUUCGUGGCUGUCAUGCACGGUGACACUGAGGGCACAGUGCCUGGCAAUGCUCUGGUCGUGGACCCGGACAAGCCCUUCCGCAAACUCAACCCCUUUGGAAAUACCUUCCUCAACAGGUUCAUGUGUGCCCAGCUCCCCAACCAGGUCCUGGAGAGCAUAAGUAUCAUUGACACUCCUGGCAUCCUCUCAGGCGCCAAGCAGAGAGUGAGUCGAGGCUAUGACUUCCCAGCGGUGCUGCGCUGGUUCGCGGAGCGCGUGGACCUCAUCAUCCUGCUCUUUGACGCGCACAAGCUGGAGAUCUCAGAUGAGUUCUCCGAGGCCAUCGGUGCCCUGCGCGGUCACGAGGACAAGAUCCGCGUGGUGCUGAACAAGGCGGACAUGGUGGAGACUCAGCAGCUGAUGCGCGUCUAUGGGGCGCUCAUGUGGGCGCUGGGCAAGGUGGUAGGCACCCCCGAGGUCCUGCGGGUCUACAUCGGCUCCUUCUGGUCCCAGCCGCUCCUGGUGCCUGACAACCGGCAUCUCUUCGAGCUGGAGGAGCAGGACCUCUUCCGUGACAUCCAGGGCCUACCACGUCACGCCGCACUGCGCAAGCUCAACGACCUGGUGAAGCGCGCCCGGCUGGUGCGGGUGCACGCGUACAUCAUCAGCUACCUGAAGAAAGAGAUGCCCUCCGUGUUCGGGAAGGAGAACAAGAAAAAGCAGCUGAUCCUCAAGCUACCCGUCAUCUUUGCCAAGAUCCAGCUGGAGCACCACAUCUCCCCCGGCGACUUCCCUGACUGCCAGAAGAUGCAGGAGCUCCUGAUGGCGCACGACUUCACCAAGUUCCACUCAUUGAAGCCGAAGCUCCUGGAGGCGCUGGACGAGAUGCUGACGCACGACAUCGCCAAGCUGAUGCCGCUGCUGCGACAGGAGGAGCUGGAGAGCGUGGAGGUGGGCGUGCAGGGUGGCGCGUUUGAGGGCACCCACAUGGGCCCCUUUGUGGAGCGGGGCCCCGACGAGGCGCUGGAGGACGGUGAGGAAGGCUCGGGCGAUGAGGCCGAGUGGGUGGUGACCAAGGACAAGUCCAAGUACGACGAGAUCUUCUAUAACUUGGCGCCUGCCGAUGGCAAGCUGAGCGGCUCCAAGGCCAAGACCUGGAUGGUGGGCACCAAGCUCCCCAACUCCGUGCUGGGGCGCAUCUGGAAGCUGAGCGAUGUGGACCGUGAUGGCAUGCUGGACGACGAGGAGUUCGCGCUGGCCAGCCACCUCAUCGAGGCCAAGCUUGAGGGCCACGGGCUGCCCGCCAACCUGCCCCGUCGCCUCGUGCCACCUUCCAAGCGGCGCCACAAGGGCUCGGCCGAGUGAGUUGGCUGCUGCCUGCUGGCCUGCCCGCCUGCCCUUCCACCUGCCCUGCUGUGGCUCCCCAGUUCCAGUCUGCUGCAUGCGAAUCCCUGCCCUGGCCCACACUUGCCCUGCCUGCCCACCCAGCCCAGCUGUGAAGACUGAGGGGAGGCUCUCUCCACCCCCCCACUGCCAGGCACCCUAGUCAGAGCAUUUAGUGGGGACCGGGGGAGGGGCAAGAGUUCUCUGUCCACCCUUACACCUCCACUGCCACACACACUUGUGCACAUGGCACUCACACAGAGGCAUCCAGCAUUCAAAUAUUUAUUGAGCACUUAAUACAUGGCCCAGUUCUGGUAGAACUGACAUUUUCAGGACAGGGCACCCACACAGUGACACAAACACAGAUACCAGGCUCUGUCCUUCCCCACAAGUGAGUGGCCCACUGGAUUAAAAUGACAGGGCUGGCAGAGGCUCAAGAGGUUAAGAGUGCCUGCCUAGCAAGCAUGAGGCCCUGAGUUCAAAUCCAAGUACCGCCAAAAAAGGAAAAAAAGGACAGCCUUCUCCACCCUUUGCCCCUCUUCCUACUGCCCAGGCACGGGAGAAUCCCCAGGCCCCUAGUGCACUCCAGGAUGUCAGGACCACUGGGGUUCAGAGGGGACACACGACCUCCUACUUCCUUAGAUGGACCCCUCUUCAGCCCCCUUCUUUUCCUCCUCUCCCCUGGAAAUUCUGAUCACUGCCCCUCACCCCCUUUUAACUGCAAUGCAGGGGAUGGGACGCAGGUCUUGCAAGUGCUCUCUGCCACCCAGCUCGGCCCCAGGCCUCCUCACGCCCACUUUAACAAGGAUCCUACCAAAGUAGGGAGGCCCCAUCUGCCCUGGCUGCCCCACACUGUACCCACCUGGAUUAGGUCUUUCCUCUGCCCACCUGCUUGUGAUGGAAACACUCACCGCCCCCUCACCUCCCCACUGCAGGCUUCCCUCUCUUCCCAAGUUUUAGGACUGUCAGGCCAUACUUAAAUGGAGCCCUCUUACCAGAUAUCACGGGCCCCUGGCUUUACUUUUCAGGGAUGUCGUGGGGUGGGGAAGGGCUGGUUCUUGGUGCUACAGCCCCCCCUCCCAUUCUAAUGGGACCCCCACGUCUUUUCGUGCCUUCACUACAAAUUAGUGCUUGACCUGGUGGGGGACCCUAUGGGAAAAAAAUGGGGAAAAGAGUAAAACAGCUGGAGAAAUGCCUCCUCCAGACUGCCCGCUGGGAUUCCACCCUGCUCCCCAUGCCUGGGACCUGAAUGGUGUCAUUCACACAGCGAAUAAAGCUAAGGCUUCUUCCUAUGUCGCGGUCAGGCUGUCUUG